UCGGUUGAUUCCUCUGUCUCCCUCCUCUCUCUGGUUCACUAGGGUUAUGGUGGCCUAGCCGGCGGUCAGCAAUCGGGUUUCUCCUUGUUUUCUUGAAGGACGAGUCUUAAAUGCAGCAAUGCUGCAAAGUUUUCCCGUGUCUCGCUGACCGUUUCCUCUACCUACCUGAUCAGCCAUCAUCUCCAGUUUGGUACCACGCUUUUGAAGAGGACAGACAAAGAGAUUAGAUAAGGCGUGGCAUAAUGUCAGGUGGUCCUGGUCUCGAGUCCCUUGUAGAUCAAGCAAUAUCUGUCAUAACAAAUGAUGGACGCAACAUAGUGGGAAUUCUAAAAGGGUAUGAUCAGGCCACAAAUAUCAUUCUGGAUGAGUCCCAUGAGAGGGUCUACUCUACUAAGGAAGGCGUUCAACAACUGGUGUUGGGGUUGUACAUAAUAAGAGGAGAUAACAUAAGUGUUGUUGGGGAAUUGGAUGAAGAGCUUGAUUCGAAUUUGGACCUCUCAAAACUGAGAGCACAUCCACUCAAGCCUGUGAUUCAUUGAGAAUCUAAUGGGAGUGCUAGUUUCUUUCAGAAAGAGGCAGAAGCUGCUGACGCCGGGCUGACCUGUAAAAACUGCUAUGCUAUCUCAUGUCUUGUAGUAAAUCUCUACAGUUUACUCUUUCUUGUUAAGCAGUGGAUUAAAAAUUCGGAAAACUGAUGCAGUCAGUUACCUGUUCA